GGGAACCCCAGCAGAACUCUUGCAUCUUACCUUUUCAUUUACCUGUUUUCCACGAUUUAAUCCUCCCAAACAUCACAAGAUGACGCGCAUAGUCAACGACACCGAAUCAGAGUGCGAGGAAGCCUUCUUCGAGGCCUAUGAGGAAUGGGAGACAAAGUGGGCAGAUGUUCCUGAGUCAGAAAAUAAAGUAGCCCAGGCCAAGAAAUGGGUCAAGUCCUUCGAGAAAGAGUACUCAAUUGGGCUGGUUUGUCUCCUGCGGAGGAAACGUUUGAUGCUCGGCCAACACGCCCAAGCAACCAACUGGCUGGAUGAAACCCCGGAUAUGUCCAAACCGUUCUUCGAUCACACUUUAUUGUCUUGGAUCCGAUCCUUGACGAAGAAAGCGGGACAGUGGUGGGCUCUGUCUGAGAACAACGACGGCCAGGUCCGAGGACAGCCCGAGGGACAGACUGACCAGCUAGCAAAGCCCCCAAUCCACCCGCCAGGAUACACUGAGGCGUGCGGUUCAUCGACGAGCCACCUUGUGGAAAAGGGAAUCCAACAACUGACCAAUCAAUACUGGGACUGUGCCUACAAAGCUUCCAGGAUAUAUGACGACAGACCUCCUCUGACCCGCAUGAUGGAACGGAUUCUGCUCCUCGUUGAACAUCAUGACCGACAUGGACGUUCCUAUGCGUGGGUUUUUCAACGUAAGAUCUGUGCGGACACUGGGGGCUGCUGUGGCCGAUCCUGUGGAUGCUGUGAACAGCCGUUGAUCACCUACCUGCGACCUGUGAGCGACACCGAUCUCGAGAAAAAAGAGGUGGGUGUCUAUGGGCACUGUGGCGAUGAAUGUCCCUGCUGCAUCCGCGUGCGCCGUCGCUAUCGCCCUGAUCCGUGCCUUCCCAAACCAACCUUCUAAAAGUGACAGGAUGGGUUCGACGGCAGGUGCGAAGUGGGUAGACAACAUCUAUACAUGUAGUGGAUGUUCGUCGGGGAAUCAGAU